AUUGUGUCACCAUUUCCUCAUUUAAUCUCCAUCGUUCAAUCUGCCACUCACAACUACUUUACAGCUUCAAGAAUCAAAACUCUCCCCUCUUUUAUUUUGUCCUUUUUAAAAGGGAGGCAGCCAAGAAGAAACUCAACUCUUCUGAGAGAUAUUUUUUAGUGAUUAACCUUAAACAACAACAAUGUCGGGAGGGAUUGCUCGUGGUCGUCUUGCUGAGGAACGCAAAGCUUGGAGAAAGAAUCAUCCCCAUGGUUUUGUUGCAAAGCCGGAGACACUUCCAGAUGGGUCAGUGAACUUGAUGAUUUGGCACUGCACUAUCCCUGGUAAAGCUGAGACUGAUUGGGAAGGUGGUUGUUAUCCACUUACAAUUCACUUCAGUGAAGAUUAUCCGAGUAAACCGCCAAAGUGUAAAUUCCCACCAGGCUUUUUCCAUCCCAAUGUCUAUCCAUCUGGAACAGUUUGCUUGUCGAUCCUCAAUGAAGAUAGUGGUUGGAGACCAGCCAUCACCGUGAAACAGAUACUGGUUGGUAUCCAGGACUUGUUAGAUCAGCCAAACCCUGCUGAUCCUGCCCAAACUGAAGGGUAUCAUAUGUUUAUUCAGGAUGUUCUGGAGUACCGAAAGAGGGUGCGCCUGCAGUCUAAGCAGUAUCCACCUCUUGUUUAAAGAAUAUUUGUCUAAUGUUGUGGUGGCUCUAUAAUGUACGUCUAUGUUUGCUGUCAAUAGAGGACAAUGAAUCUGUCUGCUAGUGACUCUGAUUGGUAUUUGUUUAAGUGGAGAAGUAAAUAUUAAUUACUACAGGAUUUUAUCUCUGAUAGAUCUACUAUAUCUGUAGAAGAACAAGCACAGCUGCAAAUUGUUAUCUAAAUGGUGGAAAUGUGUUGAAACUUAUUUUCUUUUGCAAAAGCGGAAUUUCUAUUCAAAACAUCCAAAAAUCUUGCUCCAGGGAAGAUACUGCGUGUUUUGGAUCCAAAAUUAGCUCUGUUCUUUCUGUUUUCUUCUUUUUUGUUGUUGUUCACCUGACACUUCCAAAUUAACAAUUACCAAAAGAGAACAUUAUUCACUGGCAAGUCUUUGGUAUGUUUUGAUUCCUCUGGGAAUUGUGUUUGCCUGCACCAAGGACACAUUAAAUUGUUUGAUGUGAUAUGUAGUUGGGUAAAUUUAUUUUUCACCAAGUACUAUUUAUUAAUAUAUUUCCUCUA